AUGGAGUUGAAGAAACAUGCGUUUUCCGGCCAGUUCUCGCCGCAUGCAUUUCUGCCCAGAAGGAAGUUUUCCGGUUGCUGGCGGCUGAGCGCGGCGGCCGCCUUCUUCAUGCUCGGCGUUGCGGUGCUCAACUUCUCGUUCAACAGUUCUGGUUACAGAAAUGCCACUGUUUGUUGUUCGCCGGAGGAAAAUUUUUCCUCGCCGGAACAUUUUUCCGGCGAAGAAAAAGACGGAACCUUUGGUGUUAGAGAAGGGAUUUGGAAGAAAACCCAGGAAUUAAAUCGGCCGGAGAAUGGUAAAAACGUGAACUUUACCGGUUUUACUGAGAAAAAAGGUGGUGGGAUUGGGAGGGGUAAAAAUGGGAGUUUUUCACUUGAAGGGGAGACGGUAAAAAGUGGAGGAUCUGAAAAUGGUGAUCGGAGCAGGGGUGUGGGUGUAGAAAUCAGCAAGAAAGGAAGUUCAGUCACUGUAAAAAAUGAUAUGAUUGGUGAAAAUGGGAGUGAAUUACUGAGGAAAGGAAAGAGUUUUUACAGUGAUUGUGAUAUCUUUGAUGGUGAAUGGGUAAGAGACGACACAAAGCCGUAUUAUCCUCCCGGUUCUUGCCCGUUUAUCGAUAGGGAUUUUGACUGUCAACUUCAUAAGAGACCGGAUGAUGCCUAUGUCAAAUGGAGAUGGCGACCACAUGCGUGUGACAUCCCAAGCUUUAAUGCAACCGAUUUUUUGGAGAGGCUGAGGGGACAAAAAAUGGUUUUUGUGGGCGAUUCGUUGAACAGAAACAUGUGGGAAUCGCUUGUUUGCAUUCUGCGCCACCAUGUUCGUGACAAGAAGAGAGUUUUUGAGAUAUCAGGUAGGAGCGACUUCAAGAAGAAGGGGUUUUAUGCAUUCAGAUUUGAGGAUUAUAACUGUUCUGUGGACUUUGUUAGCUCUCCGUUUCUUGUAAGAGAAUCGUCUUUUAAGGGCGUGAAUGGUUCUUUCGAGACACUGAGGUUGGACUUGAUGGACACGACGACUUCAAUGUAUAAUGAUGCAGAUAUCAUAAUCUUCAACACUGGCCAUUGGUGGACUCACGAGAAAACGUCUCGAGGGGAAGACUAUUACCAGGAAGGCAAUCGUGUGCACCCGAGACUCGAGGUUCUUGAAGCAUACAAGAGAGCACUUCACACUUGGGCUAGGUGGGUGGAUAAAAACAUCAAUCCAAACCGAACUCACGUUAUCUUCAGAGGAUAUUCAGUCACGCAUUUCAGGGGCGGUCCGUGGAACUCUGGCGGGCAAUGUCACAACGAGACCGAACCAUUUCUUAACGAAACGCAUUUGGAGAAAUACCCUCCGAAGAUGGAAGUCCUCGAGCAUGUGCUUCACGAUAUGAGAACGCCAGUGGCAUAUAUGAAUAUCAGUAGACUUACGGACUAUAGGAAAGACGGUCACCCUUCCAUUUAUAGAGUCUAUAGUAAAAGUUCUUUGCAAGCUCAAGAUUGCAGCCAUUGGUGCCUUCCCGGGGUGCCCGAUACGUGGAACGAGUUGCUUUACGCGUCUCUUUUAAAGAGCGGGAGGGGUUCGUGGCAAAACUCUUACGCCCCCAAUUUUGCCUCUUGAUCUCUCUAACUCUCGCCAUAACUUUCUACCCGGCGGCUAACAAAUUUUAAUCCCUCAGAAGAAAUGUACCAUUUGUUCAGGUCUUGUAUGUGCAGGAUGUCCCAAUAAGAAGAGUUUAAAGAGGUUGUUGAUCUGUACAAUUCUGUUUCUGA